AUGGACCAAAAGACCGUAGCCACACUGCUAGAGCUUGCUGCAAAAAGUCUGCUAAGUAAUGAGCCUGCGGCUAUCCAUGCCCUGGAAGAACUCCCAAGAGACCUCUUUGUUCCCUUGUUCAUUGAUGCCUUCAUGGGAGGGCAUGAGAAGAUACUAAAAGCAAUGGUGAGGGCUUGGCCCUUUCACUGUCUCCAUAUUGGGGCACUGAGUGUACAAGAGUCCUAUUAUGAAAUCUUGGAAGCCAUGAUUGAUGGUCUGCAGAUCCUCCCUGACCAGAACUCUUCCUCUUGGGGGCCAAAACUGAGGAUCCUAGAUUUGAGACAGGACCCAGACUGUGGAACAACAUGCUCAGAGAUCAGUACCACAUUUCCUUUCUGUUUUCAGUCUUGUGUUUACUCUCAACACUCUAUCCUUAAAAUAGAAGAAGCCCAGCAUAGUGUCAAGUGUCUUGGAAUUGUUAAUUCAGAAUCUGAGCCUCUGUCAACCCAGAAACCCAUGGAAUUAUUAGUGGACCUUUCUUUCAAUGGUACCUUGAGAACAAAGCAAUUUCUUUCUUUCCUUCAGAGUAAAGUUGAGCAGAGCUUUGGGUCUUUGCACCUCUGCUGCAGAGAUUUGCAAAUUGAUAAAAUGUCUGCCCACAAAAGUGUCCUGCAGUUUCUGGAUCUAGGAUGCAUUGAUCACCUGGAAUUGAAUCAGGCUUAUCUGAAAGAAGUCACCACACUACUGGCUCAGAUGAUCCACCUGAACAGCAUUAGUUUGUCUAACAUCUCCUUUAAACAUUGUAAGAGGGAAGACUUCAGAACUUUUCUCAUCCAGCUUGGGCAACUCUCCAACCUCCAGGAACUCAGCUUGGCUUUAUUCUGCCUUACAGAUCAACUUCAUAAACUGCUCAGAAUCCUGCCACCUCAGUUGGAUACAUUGUGUCUAUCUUUUUGUGGCCUGUCUAACAGAGAUAUCACUGUCCUGUCCCAGAGUUCUCAGGCCACCUACCUAAAGCUAUUGAAUCUCAGCAACAACCAGAUAUUCUCAGAAGUUUAUGAGCCCUUCCAGACUCUGCUAGAGAAGGUAUCAGGCACCCUGCAGUAUCUGGAGAUAAAUAAUUGCCUGAUAACUGAUUCUACUCUCUCUGCUGUCCUCCCAGCCCUGAGCCACUGUACCCACCUCCGUGUCCUUAGCUUUGCCUUCAACCCCAUUACAAUGCCUCUGCUCAUGGGCCUUCUGCAGCAUUUAACAUGCUUGGUAGAUCUGAAGCAUGUUAUUUGUCCUGUUCCUGUCCACUGCUAUGAACAAUGGAAUUUUCCUGGCAGUUUGGACCGACAAAAACUUGCUGAAGUGCAGGCCCAAUUGACAGCAAGGCUGCAGGUAUUACGGCGAGAUGACAUGACCUGGACCACUUGUCCUGAGUGA